AUGCCAAUUCACACAUUUGAACAAACCAAAAAGUCACGCGUGACAAAUUUUUUAAAUUCUCUCGGUAAAAGAAAAAUAUCUCCAUCAGCAAAUAAACGGUCAAAUACACGAAGCUAUUUCGGAGAAGCGCUUAGUACGUAUCGCUCGUUGGCCUUGAAGCAAUAUAAUGACAUUGUCCUUGGUCAUAAAGACGAAGACGCCUUGGACUUUUGGCGCGCGCAUCAAGCUAAUCUGAAGGUAUUAUCUACAAUGGCAGCUCGCUUUCUUGCGACACCUGCAAGCUCUGUGCCUUUGGAAAGUGCAUUUAUUAUAGCACAGCAUCAUAUGUACUUCGCAAACAACGAUCGCGACUUAGUCCAGCGAAUCUGUCAUACUCCGUUUUUCACAAAGGCAAAGUGUGUGAAAACUGAUGAACCAGCUCCUGAACAAUUAGAGUCCAAACGGAUAGCUUGUCAAGCAUCAUUUGAACAUUCUUUUACUGAAGUAGUUUUAGGGAAAACAUGUGAAAAGCUUUUUCUAUUAUUUAUUUUAUUUCAAAUCCUCACAUACUAUUUUAAAUAA